CUCACGGUACACUGCAUGGACAUGGUGCUGAACUGCGCCCACCACCUGGCUCAGAGACUGCAGAAGACAUGCGUGAACUAUGAAGAGGCCGCCAUGUACAGCCUGGAAGCGUGCCCAAACUCCUGGCUCCGGACGCACUCGGUGUGGGGAAGGUACACGGUCAGCGCCCUGCUCGUCACCACCCAGCUGGGCUUCUGCAGUGCCUACUUCAUGUUCAUGGCAGAGAACUUACAGCAGAUAGUGGAAGAAGCCAGCAUCACCUCCAACACGUGCCAGCCCAGGAAGGCCGUGGUGCUGACACCCCGCCUGGACGUGCGUCUCUACAUGCUGAUGAUCCUGCCCUUCCUGGCCCUGUUGGUGCUCGUCCACAACCCCAGGGCGCUGGCCAUCUUCUCCACCCUGGCCAGCAUCACCACCCUGGGCAGCCUGGCUCUCAUCUUUGAGUAUCUCAUCCAGGAGCUCCCCCACACCAGCAGCCUGCCUCUGGCGGGGAGCUGGAAGACCUUCUUCCUGUUCUUGGGUACGGCCAUCUUCACCUUUGAAGGCGUCGGUAUGGUUCUGCCUCUGAAAAACCAAACGAAGAAUCCACAGCAGUUUUCCUGUGUUCUGUACGGGGGGAUGUCCCUUGUCAUCGUCCUCUACGUCUGUCUGGGCACACUAGGCUACAUGAAGUUUGGGUCGGACACUCAGGCCAGCAUCACCCUCAACUUGCCCAGUUGCUGGUGGCACCAGUCAGUCAAGCUGAUGUACUCCAUUGGCAUCUUCUUCACCUACGCCCUGCAGUUCCAGGUGCCCGCCGAGAUCAUCGUGCCCCUCGCUGUCUCCCACGUGUCCGAGAGCUGGGCACUCUUGGUGGACCUGACUGUCCGCACGGCCUUGGUGUGUCUGACCUGUUUCUCAGCCAUCCUCAUCCCCCGCCUGGACCUGGUCCUGUCCCUGGUGGGCUCCGUGAGCAGCAGCGCCCUGGCCCUCAUCAUCCCGCCCCUGCUGGAGGUGGCCACCUUCUCCUCUGAGGAUGUAAGCCGCGUCACCAUUGCAAAGGACGUCAUGAUCAGCAUUCUGGGCUUUUUGGGGUGCAUAUUCGGGACGUACCAAGCCCUCUAUGAACUGAGCCAACCCGUCAACCCUCCCAUGGGCAACUCUACAGGUGUCUAUGCAUAA